GGGGUGCGAUUGGACCCCGGGCUCCGGGGUUGGUCAGAAACAAUGCCAGGGCCUUCCACUGUGUUUUGGAUGACAUGCUAGGACAGCUUCAAACUCCCUCAGCAUCUUGGUCCCCAGCGCUGUCCUGUCCGCCACCAAGCUGGAAUCACUCUGGAGGAGGGAGCAUUGACCUUUCCUUCAUCAGACCAAAGAUGCCUCUCUUUGGGAAUACAUUCAGUCCAAAGAAGACACCCCCUCGGAAGUCUGCUUCUCUCUCCAACCUGCAUAAUCUGGAUCGGUCGACCCGGGAGGUGGAGCUGGGCCUUGACUAUGGAACCCCCACUAUGAACCUGGCGGGGCAAAGCCUGAAGUUUGAAAAUGGCCAGUGGAUAGCAGAGACUGGGAUUAGUGGAGGUGUGGACCGGAGGGAGGCUCAGCGCCUCCGGAGGCGGAACCAGCAGUUAGAGGAGGAGAACAAUCUCUUGCGGCUGAAAGUGGACAUCCUGCUGGACAUGCUCUCUGAGACCACUGCUGAAUCCCACUUAAUGGAGAAGGAAUUGGAUGAAUUGAAGAGUGUCAGCCGGAGGAGAAAAUGAAGACCCCAAAGACAUUAGUUAGAAGAAUAGGGAGAAACCCAUUGAUCAGAGAAGUAGGAUGUGGCUGAGGGUUUUCUUUAGCCACUAGUGGAUUAGGUCCUGGGAGAGAGUAUCAUAUAAUGGGGCUAAAAGGCACUGGCACCCUUGGGUUGGCAAUAGGAAGGUGACAACAUAAUGGAGGACACCAGGAUUCCAGGCCAGGGGGUAUGUAGGAAUGUACUCUGGCUGCACGGCACAGGGAGGCCAGUCUGUAAACCAGGUCUCAGGGAGGUCUGGGGUGAUGGUAAGACUUUGGGUGCUCUCCAGUCACUCAACAUACAAAUGCAUGUGUCCCAGCUUCCCCCUCAUUGGACAGACACUGUUGGGAGAAGCAGCUGGAGUUCAUCAUCUCGUUCCCUCACGUUGGUGUUUGGAGUGUGGCUCCAGUUCUAAAGAGCCCGGCAUGAGGGGGUCUCAGACAAGCAGCUCUCCUGGUUCUCUGCCCUCAGUCCACUCUCUCUGUCCUUUAAAGAAUACUCGUUCCCCAAAUCAUGACCUCGUCAGGCUUCAGCUUCUCAGCAGCAAGCACCAGCCUUCCACGGCAACACUGUAUUUUUGUGCUACUUUCCUGUUUACACUACUUUUUAAAAUUAAAUGUUGUUAAUCAUC